AUGCUCCUGACGAUUCACUGCUGCUCGAGCUUCUUCGCGACGCAGGACAAGUGGGUGGCGCGCUUCCCAGGUGCGUUCACGCUGCGGGUCGUGGACUACGCCAGCCUCGCGCGGGGGACGCCACUGGAGGGGAGCCCGCUGCUGGACGUGUCGGAUGCAAAGGCGUGGAUCGACGGGGACCUGGUGCGCCUGCUCGUGAUCUGGGCGUACGGGGGCGUGUGGGUGGACAUGGACUCGCUGCUCACGCGCGACCUCGCGCCGCUGCUCGAGUACGAGUUCGUCACGCAGUGGGACCGCUACGACAAGAAGUACGUGCCGAUGAACGGCGCACUCAUGCACUUCCACAAGCACUCGCCCUACCUCUGCGAGGCCUUCCACGUGAUGACGACCUCCGCGCCCCCGCGCAAGGGCACGACCGACUGGAGCGCGACGCUCUACCUCAAGCUCCGCCACCGGCUCCUCCACGGAGGGAUCCCGCCGUUCCAGGUGCUCCCCUUCUGCUUCACCGACGCGCGCUCCUGCCAGCUCGACGACCGCCUGCCCGACCCGUUCGUGGCCAACCCGGCCGACGGCCGGUGGGCGAUGGGCUUCGGGCGUGAGGACGGCGGCGUGGACAACGUGCUGAAGAAGGUGUUCUCGGUGCAUCUGCACAACCAGUGGGAGAAGCCAUCCUCGAAGGGCGGGUGA